AUGCAGCCCAAGUCAAUCACACUCCUACAAAAAGUAGAUACAAUAGUUGAGCAACUUCUCCUUAAAUUCCAAGAUAUCUUUGAAGUGCUCAAAAAUGACAAUAAACCAAAAGAACUACUUGCAGUAGAGUCACUAACUAUCGAAAACAACGCCAUUCAGAUUAUAAGAUUGUGUCAGGAUAUGUUGUCUAUCCUGAGGAGCUUGAAAGAAACAUGGAUUUUGCAGACAUUGAAGGUGAGAAACACCGGCGACGCUUAUAAUACUGGCAACAACGACAUCAAUGGAACAAACAAUGAUAUAAAGGAUCAACGAGGAUGUGGUGAGUGGAAUGAGGAAGAGUCUCAAAAAGUGUUUAAUCUCUUCAAUGAACUAACUGAGCGAAUAGCAAAAUUCGAAAGUCCACAAUUCCAGAGUAUCUGA